AUCCUGAGCCGAACAUUCGAGUUUCGAAUUUGAUUAAAUACACGGGCGGAAUUUCACAAUUUGCGAAGCACCCAAAACCUUUCGUUAAUCUCUGAGAAAGCAAUGGAGUUGGACCCAGAUGAUGUUUUUAGAGACGACGAAGACGACCCAGAAAACGAACUCUUUCAGGAACGAGAGUCUACUAAAGAAUAUGUGGUGUACCUUGUCGAUGCUUCGCCCAAAAUGUUUUCUACAUCAUCUUCAGCUGAAGAUCAAAAGAAUGAAAGCCAUUUUCACAUUGUUGUUAGUUGUAUUGCGCAAUCACUUAAGAGCCAAAUCAUUAAUAGAUCAUAUGAUGAAGUUGCUAUCUGCUUCUUUAACACGAGGGAAAAGAAGAAUAAGCAGGAUUUGAAUGGUGUUUUUGUGUAUACUGUUGCUGAACGAGAUUCUUUAGACAGGCCAACAGCAAGGUUUAUAAAAGAAUUUGAUCGCAUAGAUGAAUCAUUUGCAAAUGAUAUUGGGAGUCAAUAUGGUAUUGUUUCUGGGUCUCAUGAGAAUACCAUUUAUAAUGCCCUCUGGGUAGCACAAGGGCUGUUACGUAAAGGGUCUGCAAAGACAGCGGACAAAAGGAUAUUGUUAUUUACGAAUGAAGAUGACCCUUUUGGGAGUAUCAAGGGUGCUGCAAAAACUGAUAUGACAAGAACCACACUGCAACGAGCUAAAGAUGCCCAAGAUCUUGGUAUCUCAAUUGAGCUUUUACCCUUAAAUAGGCCUGGCGAGGAAUUCAGGGUUAAUCUUUUUUAUUCGGAUUUGAUUGGAUUGGAAGGUGGUGAUCUUGCUUUAUUCAUGCCCUCAGCAGGACAAAAAUUGGAAGAUAUGAAAGAUCAGAUGCGAAAGCGUAUGUUCACGAAGCGCAUAGUGAAAAGAAUAUCAUUUAUGAUUGCCAGUGGAUUGUCAAUUGAAUUGAAUUCGUAUGCUUUAAUUCGUCCAACUGUUCCAGGUGUGACUACAUGGCUUGAUUCUGUAACAAAUCGUCCUUUAAAGACUGAAAGAUUAUUUAUCUGUGCGGAUACCGGUGCACUGAUGCAAGAACCUCCAAAAAGAUUUCAGUCGUACAAAAAUGAGAAUAUCAUAUUUUCCUCUGCGGAACUAUCUGAGAUUAAGAGAGUUUCAACUGGAGAUCUGCGGCUCCUAGGGUUCAAACCAUUAAGUUGCUUAAAAGAUUAUCACAACUUGAGGCCAUCAACAUUUCUUUUUCCUAGUGACAAGGAAGUGGUUGGCAGCACUCGCAUUUUUAUUGCCCUUCAUAGAUCUAUGUUACGGCUUCAGCGUUAUGCAGUUGCCUUUUAUGGAAAUCCAUCUAAUCCUCAUUUGGUCGCCCUUGUUGCUCAAGAUGAGAUUAUUAUUAAUGGUGGUCAACUUGAGCCACCAGGAAUGCACAUGAUAUACCUUCCAUAUUCUGAUGACAUCAGAAAUAUUGAAGAGUUUCAUUCUAGUACAGAUGUUGUGCCUCGAGCUACUGAUGAUCAAGUUAAAAAGGCUGCUGCAAUGAUGAAACGCAUUUACUUGAAAGAUUUUUCAGUUUGCCAAUUUGCAAAUCCUGCAUUGCAGAGACACUAUGCAGUAUUACAGGCCCUAGCUCUAGAAGAAGAUGAGAUGCCGGAUAUCAAUGAUGAAACUCUCCCUGAUGAGGAAGGCAUGGCAAGACCUGCAGUUGUUAAAGCUAUAGAAGAGUUCAAAUUGUCUGUAUAUGGGGAAGAUUAUGAUGAGGAAAGUGAGUCUGCGGGCAAUGGAAAAGUGAGUGAGGCCUCAAAAAAACGGAAAGCAAUUGCUGAAAAUGCAGUUAAAGAGAGUGCAAAUUAUAAUUGGGCAGACCUAGCGGACAAUGGAAAGUUGAAGGAUUUAACAGUGCAAGAGUUGAAGUAUUACUUGUCAGCACAUGGCCUUCCUCUUACAGGAAAGAAAGAAACCUUGAUCAGUAGAAUAUUAACACACAUGGGAAAAUGAGCAAGUAUGCAAUUGUUAUGCUUUGUAAUCCCCUGCUGUAAUUUAAGCAUAUUGCAUUACAAGGAUAAAAAUAUUGUAUGAAUUUCUUGUGGGGAUAAUACUAUCCAGCUUUCUCAAA